GGGGGCAUUGACGUUGGGCACUUCAGGCACUAACGGUAUUCACACAACGAACUGGAAAGGCGUUCAUCAACAAUUUAAACUGCCAAGGCUCUUUGGCUGAGGCGUUGGAAAGCAAACUUAUUCUCCAAGUUGGAAGCUUUCUGUCAAAUUACUCCCCCUUUCCGGGAAACCGGUAUUACCAUCUAUACAAUCGGAGCGACCUUAGUUUAUUCCUCUCCCGAGAAAAUGGAUCCGAGGCUGUACCGAUAUGCUAGCUCUGGUGAUAUUCGCUCCCUCAAGGAGCUUCUCGGUAGAGAUCCGAGCGUACUCCUGGGGCGCACUCCUCAAGGAAACACGGCCCUCCAUGUUGCUGCUAGAUUUGGACAAAGGCCGAUUUUCGAGGAGAUUUAUAGUCGAUGCAAGUCCCUUCUCAUGCAGCCGAAUUCCGAGGGAGACGCUCCUCUGCAUGUAGCUUCAGGGGGUGGCCAUCUUUCUGUUGUGAAGUUUCUGGUCACAGAGAUCACAUCCACCGCUCCUUCUCAGCUAGACAUUGAAAGCGCCUGUGACCGCAAUUUCGAGAUGCUAAGACAGGGAAAUAGAAGGAACAACACAGCCCUGCAUGAGGCGAUCAGAAACGGUCACUCACAAGUGGUUAGGUUGUUAAUAAAAGCCGAUUCUCAAUCUGUACUCUACGAAAAUAGUGCGGGAGAAUCCCCAUUGUACCUGGCUGCUAGAGGGGGCAUGGAAGAGAUUUUAAAUUGGAUCUUGACAUCGUGCCCUUUCUCUGCGAACGGUGGAUCAGAUGGCCAGACGGCCUUGCACGCUGCUGUGAGCGCAAGACAUUCUGAUAUAGUGAAAGCCCUCCUAAGAGCAAAGCCGGAGCUUAUCAAAGAAGCUGACCACCAUGGCAGAACCCCUCUCUACUAUGCAGCUUUUUCUGGAUACCACAAAUUGGUCCGGCAAUUGUUAGAGCUCGAUAUCUCGAGUGCAUAUGUAGUGGACAUAGAUGGUCAUUCGUCACUUCAUGCAGCAGCGAGUAAUGGUCAUGCCAAGGUUAUAAAAGAGAUUAUUCGGCAUUGCCCAGAUGCUGGGGAAUUGGUAGACCUAAAGGGCCAAAACAUUCUUCAUGUUGCAGUGCUAAGUGGGGAAGCAAAUGUUGUCAAAUGCAUAUUGGAAACCUUUGAGCUCGGGGGCCUAAUAAAUCAGCCUGAUCAUAACGGCAAUACUCCUUUGCAUUUAACGAUCAUGGAAAGGAGAAGUUGGAUUGCGGCUUACCUGUUGUGCGAUGCAAGAGUUGAUCAAACAGCUCGGAACAUAAAAGGCGAAACUGCCUUCGACAUAGAUGAGCUAACCAAGGAAACACGUGUAAUUCCUUCGGUUGCGAUGGUGAACUGGCGACAGCUACGCCUCCCAUAUCAUUGGAAGUUACGAGGAGGACUUCUCCCCAGUACAGAUGAACAAAAAGCCGGUGUCUUGGAUUCAGAACAAACUUACAGGCAAAACUGUCAGAUGUUAUUGAUGAUCGCGACACUCAUCACAGCCGUGACGUUUGCAGCGGCUUUCACAAUGCCUGGCGGUUAUAACAAUAAUGUCGGCCCAGGCCAAGGAGUGGCCCUUCUCCAGUCAAGCCAUUAUCUUAAGUGGUUCAUCAUCUCCGACACUAUCGCGAUGACCUGCUCGAUAAUGGCCGCCUCCCUCAUACUCUGGGGCGCUGUUUUCGGCAAGAGACCUUACGUGUAUUGCUAUGUGAUUGCAGCUGUGCUGACGAACAUCGCGCUGCAGUCAACUGCGACAUCGUUCAUGACGGGUCUCCAGGCUGUUUUACCUGAUGAAAGUUAUGUCCACAUCUUGAGUUACAUAGUCGGCUGUGCCUUCAAUGCUAACGCCUGCUUGUUUCUCUUCAGAUUGGCACAGACUUUUUCAUACUCUCACAUCUGCCUCUCCUUGAUGUCCUGCCUCAGAAGGCUCAAGUUCAUCAUCAAUUCCCACAUAGCAAAGAAAUAACAUUCUCCAGCAAUGUGCAAGAAAACAUCGCUCUGUUUUUCUAUUUCUUUUUUGGGCUAACAAAACCCAAGCAUCGUCUGCUUAUAUGCUUUUACCAAUUCUAUGAUACCUGGAGCUGUUUCCAGAAGAUCUCAGUGCCAUCAUCCAACAGAACGACUUCUUCUCUCUA